AUGGCUCGCUUCAGAAUGCGUCCCAUCACCUUGCACGGCACGCUAAUUGGUGACAGUCGCUUCCUUCCCAGCACAGGAAGGGUGGUCUUCGUCGAGCGAGUGAGGAGACAUCAGGCAGAAAUGUUUUGCCAGUGUGAACGACGUUUCCUUCAAUAUCCUUGGAUGAACUUCGUCAGGCCCCAUCGCGCAGAACGGGCUAAUCUUGUACAAGAGUUGACGAACGUCCUCUACCGUGAAUACCAAGCCGCAUGUCCAUAUUUAUGGAAGCAGCGAUGCUGCCUUUCGAGGAAGAACGGGUUAGGAAAGGUCAGCCCCGAAAACCGCACUCACUCAAUGGUCGACCGUGACCGCCGACGCAUUAUCCAAUGCGGUCGAAAUACUUUUAAAACCAAAGAUGACAUAGUUCUUCUUGGAUCUGAUCCCGUGGUAAUUCAACCAAUAUUAAACAAUCUAAAUAAUUCCGCCUCGCGGUUCGGCAUGCGCUUCACACCUGCAAAGUAUAAAGUGCUACUGCAAGACUGGGUGGGCUCGAACCCUAGCCUCAUUCUUGCGGAUAAAUCGAUUGAGGUAGUAGACAAGUUUGUUUACAUGUGCAGCUGUGUCAGUCCCGGUGGUCUCGCGAAAGAUGGUAUUCCCAUCCGGAUUGGGAAGGCCAAAGAAGCUUUUAGGGACUUGUGUCACCUGUGGUGUAGGCGUGACAUCGGCCUUUCUGCCAAGGAUCGAGUUUACAAUGCUGCGGUGCGCUUCAUAUUAGUACACGGAUCAGAAGCCUGGCUGCUGCGCUCCGACGACGUCGAAAAACUUUCAGUGUUUGACCAUCGAUGUCUGCGGAGCCUUCUCCGAGUCUGGUGGGAACACCGGAUCAGCAAUUCUGAAGUACGUCGAAUGGUAUUCGGGAGAAAGAACUCACCCUCGAUAGAUGAACUGAUCACACUGUAUAGGUUGCGCUGGCUUGGCCACGUGUUGCGUAUGCCAGUCGACCGACUUCCUCGAAGGGCUCUUUUCGCACAACCACGUGAAGGGUGGAAGAGAGCUGGUCAAACACUGACUAGGCAGCGAAGUAUAGGAGCUAUUACCAGCAAACUCAACUUCGCCGGUCAUUGUCGUCUUCUUGGAUGGGGGUCCCGAUACAUUGUCAGACAUGGUCCAGUCGCGCUUUCAAUGGCGCUCCUACCUAUACCGCCUCCCCAAAUCAUUGGUGAACAAAACUAUGGCAGCUACAACCGCUGUACGACAACGGAAUACUUCCAAAAACUACUACUCCAACAGCCGAAAACUCCUCCAGAUGCCCGUGUUCUCAAGGUUGCCGUCAUCGGCUGCCCGAAUGCAGGGAAAUCGAGUCUUGUCAAUAUGCUCGUCAAGUGGCGCGUGUGUGCUGUUGCUGGCAAAGCACAUACAACCAGAUCGAAGCAAAUGGCCUCCCUGAUGCAAGACAAUGUGCAAGUGGUUUUUGUGGACCUACCCGGACUUGUGAACAGUAGUAAAGCUUGGAGUUUCAACUUGGAGAAGUCCUUCAUACGAGAUCCUCAUUCUGCAAUUUUCGAGUCCGAUAUCAUUCUUGUUGUGGUUGACGUGACUCAUAAGCGAUCUCGAGAAGAACUCGAUGAGGAGGUUGUCAAAGCGCUACACUUUUUCCAAGACAAGGAAUCGGUUCUGGUGUUGAACAAGAUUGACAAGGCACGCAACAACCCAACAAGGCUGCUAGAAGUCACACGCAGGUUAACAGGGGGUAUUGUGCGAAACCGGCGUUCCCAUGUAGACGCCUAUGAGUCGAGGUUUCUCAAACGAGCCAAAAUGUCUCCGUCUACUCCUCGACUGAAACCUCCUAGUGAGGUAAUCGCUGCCUAUCUACCGCCCGUGUGUCAUGAAGAAGCAAACAAGUUGCUUGCAUAUCUAUCCUCUUUGCGUUCACAACUUAGCUUUUCGGUGUGUGAAGAUACACAGGUGAACCUGAUAUCAGCUGAACCAAAGCACAGUCUUCCCGAGGUGAAAACCGAUGAAGCGGACUCUGUGGAAACCAGUGUCACUUCCAAUCCCACAUUUGAAGGUCGUACGGUAACGGACGUGGAACUUGCUACCAUUGAUGCUUACUUUGCCAAUUACCAACCAGGAACAGGCGGUCGUGCAUCUGAUUCGGAGAUGCAAAACUCUCGUGAUAUGGAGAACCCGGAGAUGGUAUCAGCAAUGAAUGAAACUGAAACCCUGACGGAAACCGAUAAAAAUGACAUUUACUUGAAAUCAUUGCUGGAGACGCUGCAAGAACAGCUGAUGUUGAAGUCUGCCACUCGUGAGGAGGUAGCCGCCCGUCGAAAGCGAUGGCUGGAUAUAUCUCGCUCAGUCAAUGGUGUAUCUGAUUGGAGUGGAUUCAGUGAAGUUUUCAUGGUCUCUUCUGCUACCGGUGAUGGAAUCAACCGGUUGCGGGAUUAUUUAGUUUCGAAAGCUGUCCCAGGUCGACCUUGGAUGCUCUCGCCUCUGCUGGUCACAGAUCAGGAGCCGGCGGAGCUAGUACGGAUGUGCAUUUGGGCUCACUGUUUAAAUCAGCUGCGUCAGGAAAUCCCCUACUCUGUCCGCAUUGUAGUUGACGAUUGUGAAAAGGCUAACCUAACUGGUGAUGAAGGAGAUGACCGGGUGUUCGUACACGCCCGCAUACAAUGCCGCAGUGAAAGGCAUCUGCGCCACGUUUUGGGACCAAGUGGAAACACAAUAAGAGACAUAGCCGCUGCCGUCAAACUGGAGCUUAUGUCAAUGUUUCGAGCAAAUACAGUGGUCAAGCUGACUGCCGAAAUGGCUAGUGUAAACCCAACUAUCAUGCGGAAACUCCGUCGGGCUGAGGACUUCGCCGAAGUAUUCCCCGAACAAGGACGUGCCCGCUCCUAGAAGCAGAGCCUUUUGUUCACAUUGUACAUAAACUAUAUUGCUUUACUAAUGCUUUUUGUUAUAUUUGGCUAACACUAUCGGUAAACCAGUGUCACUCUCUCGUGAGUUUGAAGUCGCAUUCCGCAGCGUCGACCACGCGGU